AUGACACUCACCGUCACUUGGCUGAACCUACUAUGUCUUGCUGGUGUCGGAGUAUAUCUCGUAAAGCAGGUGUUCACAAAGAAGAACCCAGCACCAUAUCCCCCCGGCCCUCCGGGGUUACCUCUCGUUGGGAAUAUUCUAGACAUGCCUCACAUCAGGCCCUGGCUCACCUUCACGGAGUGGGGCAAGAAGUAUGGCGAGUGCGAUAUCUCUCAUGUCGAGGUUCUGGGCCAGCACACCAUGGUGCUGAAUUCUGUCAAGAGUGCGAUGGACAUGCUGGAUAAGAAGAGUUCGAUCUACUCCGACCGUCCUGUUCUGCCUAUGGCUGGCGAACUUGUUGGCUGGAAGCACAUUUUGGGUCUUUCCCCUUACGGUGAGCGUUUUCGCCGGUACCGCAAGAACUUCCACCGCGCCAUUGGCAGCCGCGCCGCAAUGGACAGCUACAACCCGAUCGAGGAGAUUGAGACUCGCCGAUUCCUUAAGCGUGUGUUCACGAAACCUGACCAAUUACAGGACCAUAUUCGGCACACUGCUGGCGCUAUCAUUCUGCGAAUCUCUUAUGGAUAUGAAGUGAAGGAGAACAACGAUCCAUUUGUCGACCUUGCGGACCGUGCUCUGGAGGAAUUCUCACGGGCGACUGCUCACGGUGCCUUCAUGGUUGACAUCAUGCCAUCCUUGGCCAAGGUCCCCGAGUGGUUCCCUGGUGCUGGCUUCAAGCGCCUAGCGCGUGAAUGGCACGAGACUGUCGAAGAAAUGGCUUCUGCACCCUACCAGUUCGUCAAGGAUCAAAUGGCUGCUGGCAUUGCCCCGAAGUCUUUCACCUCAGAUCUGUUGGAAGGCCAUACUCUGACUGCAGAGGAAAAUGAUAUUGCGAGAUGGUCCGCUGUAUCUAUAUACGGCGGGGGCUCCGACACGACUGUUUCCGCAAUCUACGCGCUCUUUCUAGCCAUGACCCUUUUCCCUGAUGUGCAGAAGAAAGCUCAGGCUGAAAUAGAUGCUGUUGUUGGUCCUGAUCGCCUUCCCUCCUUGGCCGACCGCGGCUCCCUCCCCUAUAUAGAGGCGCUUGUCAAAGAAGUACUGCGCUGGAAUGUUGUCGCCCCGAUCGGUUUCCCUCACCGUGUCACCGAGGACGACGUCCAUGACGGGUACUUCAUUCCAAAAGGUUCAGUUAUAAUGCUAAACAUUUGGUUCAUGCUCCAUGACCCGGAGCGAUAUGCUAACCCCUCGGAAUUCAACCCUGAACGGUUUUUGCCCACUGACGGAAAGGAGCCUGAGACAGAGCCUCGCACGAUCUGCUUUGGCUUUGGAAGACGUAUUUGUCCAGGUCUUCUCCUCGCUGAAGCCUCCAUUUGGACAUCCUCUGCGAUGUCACUGGCCGUAUUUGAUAUCUCCAAGGUUGUUGAGAACGGUGUUGAGAUCACCCCCGAGGUUGACCCUUCAUCACUCACGAUCAGCCACCCCAAGCCCUUCAAGUGCUCUGUUAAGGCUCGCUCGGCGAAGGCUAUUGCGCUCAUUGAGCAGGAUGUUAACUACUAAAGGCAUGAAGACAAGAUCC